GUCACUUGGCAUGUGAAACAGAGAAGAACAUCCCUCACUUCCACGUCUCUCUCUCUCUCUCUUCCUCCAUUUACUGUGUAGAUCUUGGGCUAGGCCUGAGCUUUAACAUCAUAUUCAGUAACUACAUCUGCACCAAGAGAAAUGGGUUUUCUCUCUUCAUCAGCCUCUGGAUCCAUUACAAUGCUCAGCAGUUUUGCUGUUCUGCUUGUGCUGUUGCUUUCUUGCUCCAGUUUUACUUCUACAGAAGCCUAUGAUGCACUUGAUCCAACUGGAAAUAUCACAAUUAAAUGGGAUGUAAAGAGCUGGACGCCAGAUGGCUAUGUUGCGGUUGUUACUAUUUAUAACUUCCAACAAUAUCGCCAUAUUCAAGCACCAGGUUGGACAUUGGGGUGGACAUGGUCUAAGAAAGAAGUCGUUUGGAGCAUGGUUGGUGGACAAACAACAGAGCAAGGGGAUUGUUCGAGAUAUAAAGGGAACAUUCCGCAUUGCUGUAAGAAGGAUCCAACGGUUGUGGAUUUAUUGCCUGGAACUCCAUACAACCAGCAGAUUGCUAAUUGCUGCAAAGGGGGAGUAAUGAACUCAUGGGUCCAGGACCCAGCCAACGCAGCAAGCUCAUUCCAAAUCAGUGUGGGUGCUGCAGGAACAACUAACAAAACUGUUAGAUUACCUAAAAACUUCACCCUGAGAGCACCAGGGCCCGGAUAUACUUGUGGGCCAGCAAAGAUUGUGAGACCAAGUAAAUUUGUGUCAGAUGAUAAAAGGAGAGUCACUCAAGCUUUGAUGACCUGGAAUAUUACUUGCACAUAUUCACAAUUCCUUGCUCAGAAGACACCCACCUGUUGUGUUUCUCUCUCCUCCUUCUAUAAUGACACAAUAGUAAAUUGCCCAACCUGCACCUGUGGCUGUCAAAACAAUAUAACAGAUCCUGGGAGCUGCGUAGAUCCAGAGUCUCCAUAUUUAGCUUCAGCAGUAGCAGGUCCAGGAAAAUCUACUAAUGCACCUCUGGUCCAGUGCACCAGCCAUAUGUGUCCUAUCCGAGUCCAUUGGCAUGUUAAACUCAAUUACAAGGAGUACUGGAGGGUGAAGAUUACAAUCACGAAUUUCAAUUACAGAAUGAACUACACACAAUGGAAUCUUGUUGUGCAACACCCCAACUUUGAUAAUCUAACCCGGCCUUUCAGCUUUAAUUACAGGUCCUUAACUCCUUAUGCAGGCUUAAAUGAUACUGCCAUGUUAUGGGGCGUCAAGUUUUACAAUGAUUUGCUCUCGCAAGCUGGCCCUCUAGGGAAUGUGCAGUCGGAGCUCCUAUUCCGCAAGGAUAAAUCAACUUUCACUUUUGAAAAGGGAUGGGCUUUCCCACGAAGGAUUUAUUUCAAUGGUGAUAACUGUGUCAUGCCACCUCCAGAUGCCUACCCUUGGUUGCCAAAUGCGGGUUCCAAACCAAUUACCUCCCUACUUCGUUCAGCCUUUACCAUCUUGGCAUCUUUGGUAUUCAUAUUGGCUUUCGCGUAGAGUGUUAUGGGGCAAACCAAAAACGCUAUCGGUUCUAGAACACUCCAGAAUUUUCCAAAGGGUUGGGAUUGCAGCAGAGCUUAUGGCAGUCCAGCUGAUGGGGCUGAAUGAGUUGGGGCUCCAAGUUCAAGCAAGACAAGUGGGGGUUCAGGUGCACUAUUGCUUCUCACUGGAAAAGUUUGCUGUUUCAUCCGUUUUAUUUAUUGGGGAUUAGUCUUUUUCUACAAUUUUUGUGUAGAUUUAGCUGCUGUAUUGUACCGUUACUUAUAUUAUACAUUUGACGUGUUGUUUGUUGCAUAUGCACAAAAAUAUGUUCUCAGCAUUGUAAAAUAAGGAAUUUGAUGAAGAUAUCAUAGUUGAUAUAUGAUUUGGUUCUAUUUCUCA